GGACUUUGUUCAGGCCCUUCUCUGUGUUCGACGAGUCUCUUGGACCUUAGUCCCUCUGCAGUCUGGAAAUAUAUUGCACAAUGCAUGCCGUGAAGUUUCAGAACUGACCCAGGUGCAGCUUUUAUUUAUGAUUAGCUCUGUUGCUCUGGUGAGUGGUGAUUUCAAGAGAGAGGCUUUGGUUUUCCCAGAAAUUCAAGGUUCUAUCUUUAUUGAGUUGAAACUUAUUAGAUUAUGACCCUGGCCUUAAGAAGGAAGAAUUUCUUCUUGAAUUCAUGGUUGUAGAGCUGUAGAGAUAGGUAGAUUGGCAAUGGGUUCCAAGAGAACCAGUAGUUUUCAGUCCUUGUUAAAACCCUUCUGAUGUUUAAGAAGAAUUUGGCUUCUCAUUCGAGAUGGGCGUCUCUCUUUCCAUAUGGUUAUGCUGAUCAACCUGUUCUGUUAAGAAGCUGAUUUGAUGGGCAUUGUCUUUUCUAUAUUGUGCUGAAGCAAUUUAUAUUUAGAUGAAUUUCAUUGAUUGCAUUGUUAGCUGAGUUUGGUGCCCUGAAUGUCAUCAAUGUCAGAAAAGAGUAGGAUUCCCUCAAAGUUCAUUUCCUCCCUAAUAACAGUUUCUGGGUUCCUUUUAAUUCUUUCUUCUGUGUUCCUUCUUCAAUCUGGCAAUACAUCUUUCAUUCCCAGAUCAGUGUUUGAGCUUAUGCUUGUUAAUGGCACAUCUGUGUACUUUGAGCCCCAUGCGGAAAAGGAACCUAUUAAAUGUUCUUUCCUCUCUUCUGAGGUUCCCCAAGUAGAUGCUAUACAACCCUUGAAAAGAAUGAGUGAAUCAGCUUGUCAAGUUUCCAAUCCAAGCAAGAAAGUGGGAUCUGUUGGUAGAAAGAACAUGGUUUGUGACUCGAAGCAGGCUCUUUUGAGGGUAUUUAUGUAUGACUUGCCUCCUGAAUUUCACUUUGGGUUAUUGGGUUGGAAAGAAAUGGAGAAUCAAACAUGGCCACAGCACAUCCCACCUUACCCAGGCGGGCUGAAUUUACAGCACAGUAUAGAAUAUUGGCUCACCCUUGAUAUUUUAUCAUCAGAUAACGUAAAUGUGGUUAGACCUUGUACAUUAGUCAGGGUGCACAAUCCAAGAGAAGCUGAUUUUAUUUUUGUGCCAUUCUUCGCAUCUCUGAGUUACAACCGGCAUUCUAAACUUCAUGAGAAGGAGAAAGUCAGUGUCAACAAGAGGUUGCAGGACAAGUUGGUGCAGUUUUUGAUGGGCCGGAAUGAAUGGAAAAGAAAGGGUGGGAAAGAUCAUUUAAUAGUUGCUCAUCAUCCAAAUAGCAUGUUGGAUGCAAGAAAGAAAUUGGGUUCUGCCAUGUUCGUGCUUGCAGAUUUUGGAAGAUAUCCUGCUGAAAUAGCAAAUCUUGGGAAGGAUAUAAUCGCUCCUUACAGACAUUUGGUGAAGACUGUUCCCAGUAGCAAAUCAGCCACAUUCAAGGAGCGUCCUAUACUAGUGUAUUUCCGAGGAGCAAUAUACAGAAAAGAUGGAGGAGUAAUUCGACAAGAAUUGUAUUAUCUUCUAAAAGAUGAGAAAGAUGUUGACUUCAAUUUUGGUAGCAUUGGAGGAAACGGUGUUCGCAAGGCAACCCAAGGAAUGGCCUCAUCGAAAUUUUGCUUAAAUAUAGCUGGCGAUACCCCAUCCUCAAAUCGCUUAUUCGAUGCCAUUGCUAGUCAUUGUGUUCCAGUGAUAAUCAGUGAUGAGAUUGAGGUACCAUUUGAAGAUGUCUUAGACUACUCACAGUUUUGCAUAUUUGUUCGUGGGGAUGAUGCUAUAAAGAAGGGUUACCUGCUGAAACUUCUUCGAGGAAUAAAUGAAGAGAAGUGGACCAAAAUGUGGGAAAGGUUGAAGGAAGUUGUACAUCAUUUCGAAUAUCAGUAUCCCUCCCUGCCUGGCGAUGCUGUUGAUAUGAUUUGGCAGGCAGUUUCUCGCAAGAUAUCAUCUGUACAAUUUAAAUAUAACAGGAAGAGGAGAUAUGACAGGUCUCAACUUGUUUAAGAACAAAAUGGCAUUGUCCAUUUCAGAGCGUCUGAUGUAUGCAGGUCUUACCUUUGCAUCAUUUAUGAAACAUCAACUUUUUGUUCGAGUGGUAGAUAUUAUAUACUUACAAGCUCAUUUUUUAUUCUUGACACUAUCAAUGAAAAGUUUGUUCCUUUUUUGCUAUAAUAUGUGAGAUUUUGAUCGCCUGUUUCACUAC